UACAAACUUUAAUUCUAUUUACACUUUUUUUUUUUUUGUAACAACUUGGAUGGAAUCUAUUUACACUUUUGUAUUUACAAAUUGAUUCUGAGUGAUGGUUUGAUUGAGAUAACAAAGAAUAUCGAGGGGGGAAGGUUGGUUUUGUGACUAACUCUUGCAUAUGCACAUUUUUCAUGCAUUUUUAUCAAUGGUUACAAUAAAAACAUUUUCUGGAUCAUCUAUGACAGAGAGAAGAUAUACAGAUAAUGGGCUUUUGGACACUGCAUUUUAUCAACUGCAUUUUUUUUUUUAACUUUUAUCUCUCUCAUAAAGAUGUUGUAUUAACCGCUAUAUCUCAAAUGGACAAAAUAUUCCUGGAGUAGCAAACAUAUUAGAAGAUGCUUGUUGAUUGAAUUAGCAUAGCUGCUUAAAUAACAAUAGUUGGUUGAUUUGCCAGUGCUAUUUUAGAGAUGGAAAGCAAACUCAUUUUAAUUUUGGUCAGAGGUAUGAGUAGUUCUGCUCCAAAACUGACACAAAGAAUGCUUUUGGAAAAGUCAUGAUUGGAUGAUUGCAAUAAUUAAAAAAAAAAAAAUGAAAGUAGAUAAGCUUCAUUAGCUGCCCUUCCCUAACCCACUCCCUGGCAAGUCACAGUGUGAUUGAUUUCCAGACCAGUCAGGACUCACCCUUUGGAUCUCAAGGUUGGCUAAAUCGUUGAAGCCCAAGCAAUUUGGAAGACACUGACAUCUCAGAAUAUCUGAAGUUCUUUUAUACAGGAAAAAGGGGUUUGGGGAGGUGGAUGUGUGUUGUUGAGACACCAACAUAUUUAUCUAGAGUGUGAUCUUACUUUUUGUCUUAGUUUUCUAUUACUUUCAUCUGCAAACUAAAGCCUAUUCUGCUCUAAAUUGAAGAAUACUGAUGAGUCACAGCCUCAUUCCAAAUUUACUUAGAUAUUUAUUUGUCUCUCCAAAUAGGUAGAAGAUUAAAUUCCUCUGUUUUCAUCUGCAAACUAAAUCCUAUUCUGCCCUAAAUUGAAGAAUACUGUUGAGUCACAGCCUCAUUCUAACAUUAUUUAGAUAUUUGUCUCUCCAAAAAGGUAGAUUAAAUUCCUAUGUUUUCUUCACUCAGAAAAAUGGACUCAGACUCACACAUCACAGAAGUCUUCCAGAGAGAACUCAUGUGUGCCAUCUGCCUCAAUUGCCUUAUAGACCCAGUUACCAUAGGCUGUGGACACAGCUUUUGCAGGCCCUGCCUCUGCCUUUCCUGGGAAGAAGCCCACACUCAUGCCUCUUGCCCAGAGUGUAGGAAACCAUCACAACAGAAAGACUUCAAAACCAAUAUUACUCUGAAGAAUCUAGUGUCCAUUGCCAGAAAGGCCCGCCUCUUGCAAAUCCUGAGCUCUGAGGAACAGAUGUGUGGUACCCACAGGGAGAAGAAGAAGAUGUUCUGUGACGUGGACAAGAGCCUGCUGUGUUUGCUCUGCUCUAACUCCCAGGACCAUAGAGCUCACAGACACUGUCCCAUUGAAGUGGCAGCUGAGGACCACCUGGAGAAGAUCUUAAAGCAAAUGAGCUCUUUAUGGAAAAGGAUGCAAGAAAAUCAUAGAAAUCUACAUGAGGAGAGGAGAACAAUCCUCUUGUGGGGGGGCUAUGUGCAUCUAUGGGAAAAGAUGAUCCGGGAUGAGUACAGGAAGCUGCCUCCAGCUCUCCAAGAGGAAGAAAGACAACAUAUAGAGAGACUGACAAAGGAAAACCGAGAGAUUUUUCAGCAACUUAAUACAAGUGAGGCCAAAAUGGAUGAAAAGAGGAAACAACUAAAAGAAAUGUACAGCACACUGAUGGAAAUGUGCCAGAAACCAGACGUGGAGCUGCUCCAGGAUUUCGGAGAUAUACUGGCAAGGAGUGAGUCUGUGCACAAGCACAUGCCCCAGCCUGUGAACCCAGAGCUCAGUGCAGUGCCCAUCACCGGACUGCUGGACAGACUCAACUGCUUCCGAGGUGAGUGUCAGCCCAUGGGUGGGACCACCAUGCAGUUGCAGUUAAUGAUUGUGUGGGAGAUCUCCUUCCAUAAUGACACAACCAAUCCCAAUAUCAGGCUGUUUGAUGAUGUGAGAAGCUUGAUACUUAGACCUGACCAUCCAGAUGCAUCUGUGAAUACUGGCGAGUCUAACUGCUUUGCUAUGAGGGGAGUCCAGGCCUUCAGCGCUGGGAAACAUUACUGGGAGCUGGAUGUGGACCACUCUAUGGACUGGGCUCUAGGGGUCUGCAAGGAUUCCUUCAUAGGGAACAAGGGCACACUGUUGGAAUCUAAGGACGUAUUUCUUCUUUUAUCUGUGAAGGAGGAUAAUCGCUGCACUCUCUUCACCACCUCCCCGAUGGUUCCUCACUAUGUGGAGAAACCUCUGGGCCGCAUUGGUGUGUUUAUCAAUUGUGAGAGUGGAAGUGUGAGUUUUUUGAAUGUUGGCAGGAGUUCACUUAUAUGGAAGUACCCUGCUACCUCCUUCUCUUUCCCUGUCAGGCCUUUCUUUCUCACUGGCCACAGAUGAGCAGGGGUGAGUCAGGAACCAGACUGCAGGUGUGGGAACUACUCCAUGUGCUGGGGAGCCCUUCUCAGUUGAAACAAAUCAAUCAUGCUUGACUGUCUUCUGUUUUGUCUACUUUAACAUAACUUCAUUUUACUGUUAUUAAAAGGGCAAUGCAAAACAUUUGUGGUCCAUUUUCUUUAAGUUGAAAUCAUCUCUUGUGGCCCAUUAUCUAAAAUACAUAUUGUGAUUUUUUUUUCCUUGCUUUGUGAAUCCAUUGGGUGGAGUUCUGAAAAUAUCAAUACCAAAUUAAAGGUCUAAUGGAAGAACACAGAGUGUGAACAUGAUGGACAGACAUACCUUGUUUGUCACAAUGCACAUGUCUGAGAUGUCCGUCUUGUUGAUCUAGUAAAUGCUACACAUCCAUUCACCGUUAGGAUGAAAAAAAUCUAUUUUACAUGGAAUUUUCCACUCAGUCUUAGGA